AAAGGGGAGAGAGAAGAAGGCACGAAAAACGAAAGGGAGCAAAGUCAAAGGGCAGAACAGAGUCCUGUCUCUGCUUUGUAGCAGCCUUUUUUGCUCUUUUAUUCUCGGGCUCUCUUCAAUCUCUCAGAGAAGGCCUCCCUAAACGGUUGCAUACCAAACACGCGCACGCCCCGAAAGCCCUCUGCAGAUUCCCUUCUCUCCUCUCGGUUCUCUUGUCUUUGUAUGCAGUUCUGUUGUCUUUGCAUGCGCUCUUUGCCUCCCCCCCUCUUACUCUGCCAUAAGAGGUACCUGUCGACAGCUGUGCUGGAAAAGUUAAGAAGCAAAGUUGUCGGCUUCCCCCAUCUGUUUGAUUUUCCAUUGCUUUUUGCUUCGUGGGUUUUUCGAGUUUUGUCUGAAGGUGCUCAAAUUUUUUUUUUUUUUUGUGUGUGUGUAUGUUUUGGUGUUUGACGAUCAUGAUUGGGCAGUUUUUAGGGGUCGGAGUUUUGCUGGUCAAUUUGGUGGGGGAAACAGAGGAGUGAUGCUGGGAAUUUAGUUGCACAAAGGCCCUUUUGUUGUCUGGUCCUGGGGUUGUUUUCUUGGAUGGCGAGGCUAUGCUGUUUCAAUCCUCAGGAGCUCAAUCCUCUACUUCUGGUAAAGGAAGAAACAUCGAAGGGCUGAUCAAGUAUGGUUUCAGCCUAGUAAAAGGGAAAGCCAAUCAUCCCAUGGAGGACUAUCAUGUUGCCAAGUUCAUGCAAAAGAAAGGGCACGAAUUAGGGCUCUUUGCUAUUUAUGAUGGUCAUUUGGGGGACAAGGUCCCCGUGUACCUGCAAAAGCAUUUGUUUUCCAACAUCUUAAAGGAGGAAGAGUUCUGGGUCAAUCCCAAUAGGUCUAUUUCAAAAGCUUAUGAGAAGACAGACCAGGCGAUACUCUCCAAUAGUUCUGGCUUGGGACGUGGUGGUUCGACUGCAGUGACGGUAAUACUGAUAAAUGGCCAACAACUAUUGGUUGCUAAUGUUGGAGAUUCACGAGCAGUUCUCUCAAGGGGGGGUCGAGCUCUACAGAUGAGUAUCGAUCAUGAACCCAGCACAGAAAGAGGGAGCAUUGAACAUAGAGGCGGCUUUGUCUCAAACAUGCCAGGGGAUGUCCCAAGAGUUAACGGACAGCUGGCAGUUUCUCGUGCUUUUGGAGACAGGAGCCUGAAGUUACAUUUACGCUCAGACCCUGACAUUAGAACCAUCAAUGUGGAAGUCAAUAUGGAUGUAUUAAUCCUUGCAAGUGAUGGUCUUUGGAAGGUGGUGAGUAAUCAAGAGGCAGUUGAUAUCGCUGGAAGGAUCAAAGAUCCAGAAAAGGCGGCAAAAGAGCUGACUGCAGAAGCUUUGAGAAGGGACAGCCGAGAUGAUAUAUCUUGUAUAGUCGUCAGAUUUAGAGGAUGAUACAGUCUGAUAUUAAACUGCUACCCAGCUUCAGUACAUACCAACAGAUGAAAGGUUUUCACUGUCUGUGAAGGAAUGGUAUAUCUAAGUGAUUGUGGAUCAUAUUCUAGGCCCAAUGAACUCCUUUUGCCAAUUUCUGGAAGAGGCGUGGAAUUGGCAAGUCCAGAAAUUGGCAAGGGAACAAGCGGGUGCAGGAAGGUUUCUGCUGUAUAUUACAUUCUUUAUUUUAUGGUCCGGAGGAUUUUUUCCCCCCUUCUUUUUUCAAAUCUGAAGCGUAUUUUUGGACCUAGGAAAGAGGACAGAUUUGUCUGCAGGAUUAGACGUGUAUUUAUUGGUGAUUGAAGGACUACUAGGUGUUCCGCUGAUUGUCAUAUUUGUUUUGGGGAAGUCUCCUCCAAAUUUGAAAUUCAAGUUGUUUACUUUACAGUUAUCGAA